AUGGAUGAUUACGAGAUAUCAGAAAAUUUUUCUAGCAUUCAAUAUCAAGAAGGUGUAAUUUACCUGGGGGAAUUAUAUUUUGAGGAAAUACGUGAUAGAAAUGUAAUCCAAAGCAUUGCCAACAGUAUAAUUAUCAUCAUCUGCAUCUUUGGCUUCCUGGGGAAUGGAAUGGUCAUCCGGCUUCUGGGCUUCCACAUUAAGAGGAAUCCUUUCACCACCUACAUCCUGAACCUCUCCAUCGCUGACUUUGGUGUCCUUACAGUUCUCCUGACUAUUAUUUUGCCCGUUGUAACUUUCUAUGAGAAAUCCCAUGUUGUUGUUUUGAUUAGAAAAGUAUUAUUUGAACUAUUUUUCUUCACGUAUUCUGCGGGCCAGUUUCUACUGACCACCAUCAGCAUCGACAGGUCUGUGGCUGUCCUCUUCCCACUUUGGCAUCGAUGCAACCGACCGGCACGUUUAUCCACCAUUAUUUGUGCCCUGAUAUGGGCCCUCUCUUUCCUGCUCUCAGGCAUUCACCUUACUCUCCUACUGACUCAGAGCUUUCCCAACUCUAACCUAGUGUACCAGCUUAUUGUAAAUGCCCUCAUUUGCACUCCUCUGAUGGUCACCUCCACUCUGAUACUGGCCCUCAAAGUCUGCUGCAAAUCAGAGCAGAAGCAACGCGGCAAGCUGCUCACCACCAUUUUGCUUGCACUUCUUUUCUUCCUCAUCUUUGCUUUCCCACUAAAUGCCAUUUACACUGCCAUCUAUUUUAAUGAGAAGAAUAUGAUUCUAAUGGAAGUUGGUUUUGUGUGUGCCUCUCUGAAUAGUAGUGUCAACCCGCUGAUCUAUUUCCUAGUUGGGAGGAGACAGAAAAAGGGCCAGUCCAGGGUCUCCAUGAAAGCUGCACUCCAGAGGAUUUUCAAGGAUGCAGAAGAAUCAGCAUCCAAAACUGAAAACUCGGUUAUGAUAGCAACUUAAUGCCUUAAGGCACGACUGGUCAAUUCUUUAUUAUCAUAAGCACAAUAAUGUACAGAGGGUAGUCUUUGGUGUGAAAGACUUCUUUUAAUGCCUUUCUAUCUCAUGUCCAACAUAGGAAAUUUAAACUAGGAGUUUUGUAUUGUAACAUUUGCUGUAGAUAGAGUAAGACUGUGGAGAUGGGCCUUGGACAGAAGGUCAGCUUGAGCGUAGUCUUCUUCACCCCUAUAUCUUUUGAAGGGUUGGGCUAAAGUUUUUCUCCCCACCACCUCCCCAUGCCAUAAUGUUGAUUGGCAUUUCAGGCUUUCAGAAAGUACACAAGUAGACUGGACAAAGCACACAACUCCA